UUUGUCAGGUGAGUAAAUAGUUGUGUUUCAGCCAUGUUUCCCAGUUCAUAUUGACCCCUCAUCUUUGGAUAAGACGGGUGCCCAGACGGAAUUGGACAGACGUAGAAAUCAUUUUCGUGUGCACGUACAUCAAUUGUAUAGAUACCGCAACAAUGGAGACAGCCGCAAUUCUAUUCUUCUAUUUGUGCAUUACUUUGUCGUUUGUAAAAUCGGCUUCCGGCAGGAAUAUCGAAUGGUGGGCAAGUGACAAAAGCAUUAGCCAAAAUGCGGACAGGAAUCCCUGCGUUGAAGACUAUUCACCGUGCAAUUGCAACGACAAUCCCUCCUAUGGAUUGGAAAUCACCUGCGAAGGUGUCGAUGUCCUCGUCGUUCGAGACAUUUUCAGCCGGACCACCACCAACGACUUGUUUUCUUUCCAGUUGACAGUCCCGUCUCCAACUGGGGGUAAUGUCAUCUCCAUCCCGGCUGAUUUACUGAAUGGCAAACGAGCAGGAAAUAUCCUUUUGAAUUGUCCGUUUCCCGAUUGGCAAUUGGCAAUCGAUGCCGAUGCUUUCCGUCCGUCGAGUGGCUUGACUUUUUUCUUCUUCACCGCUGGUUGUGAUUUGACUCUGCUGGACUUUGCAUCCUUCCUGGACGGCUUCCUCAGUUUGGCGACGAUUUUUAUUAGCCAGUCGUCUAACGUCCAGGGUAUUCAAAAUCUGCCUGCUCUACCUAGUCUCGACCAACUGAUUGUUACUUACACUACUGGAUUAGAAAAGGUCACUGACUUCUCUGGUCUUGGUAAUGUCCAGCUGAGACGCCUCUUGCUGAACGGAAACCAAUUAAGCGACCAAAUGGCCGACAACAUUUUGAACUCGGUGGCUUCUUCUUCGUCAGCUGCUGGUGCUCUAGAAAUGCUGUGGUUGGCCAGCAAUCAACUGACUCGUGUUCCAACCCAGUUGACUUCCUUUUCUCGAAUGAUUCAGCUUGACUUGUCUAAUAACAGUUUUCCAGUUUUAUCUAGUGGAUCUUUUUCGUUCAACGCUCCUGUCGACUACUUGUAUCUUGAAUCCAACACCAUCAACAGCAUUGAACCUGGCGCUUUUCAAGGUGAUUUCACUAGAGGUCGCAUCUAUCUCCGCUUCAACAGCUUAUCGAGAUUUGAAGAAGCUGUUUUCAGGCGUUUACUGGAGCAGAUGAUAAGCGCCACGAACAACGACGGUGGUCUAGUCAACCUUGAAUCCAAUCCAUUGGAAUGUGGGGAUUGUCACUUGGCAUGGCUCAUUCGUGACAGCCCUAGUUUACUCAACGCUGUCGAAUCGGCCGUUUGCUCUGAUGGAACUGCAUUUAGCGCUUUGAACCCAUCCAUUUUCGCCGAUUGCCCAUGAAAAAUAUUCAAGAAAAGCAAAUACACUUUACAUAAGUGUAUGUUGCCAUUUAA